UUAGAAAUGUGAUUUCUUCAAUUAUUUAAAUAAAAGAUCAGGAUAUUUAUGCAGACUAGUACGAUUGUAAAAAGCUUUUAUUCCUGUAGCUCAUUUCAAUAAUAGUUUUACAUACGUGUUACGGUGUUUAUGUAACAUACAUUAUAUUUUUACGUUUCCAGGUAACUUCAUCAUGAAAAAUGAGAAAUGGAACUUUCUAUGUUUUUUACCAUAUAGUAACGGGCUACAUUGAUCAAUUUUUCAAAGGUUAUGCCUCUGAUAAUUUCAUAUUGUAAUCAUAAAUUUGUAUUUUUUAUAUAUUAGUGCUGCGCCAUUUAUCGGACAAUAGCUAAAAAUAAUUUUAGUGCAAUCAUUGUAUAUAGACUAACCGAAAAGAUCCAUGGAAGACAGUUCCUGGCAGGAAUCAUCCCGCUGUCUUCGGAUAAGGUGUUGUAGGACAAAUAUGUAACGUUUGUCGGUAAGUAAGUAUCAUUUUCAAAGAUUGGAAACUCCACUUCCGGGUCUUUAUGCCUAACUGAGGUAGAUAAAACAUCAGACAUGAAAAAUGGCUUUGGCACUGAUUAGGAUUAGUCAACUUUCAAUGAUUUUUUCAGUGAUGGUCGCUCACAAACAUAUCGUGAACCCGAAGCAGCCUCCGAAUGAAGUGUCUCCUGAUACUUUGGUCACUGCACUAGUAGAUAAAAUCGAUUUCACAGACUUCACACCGAAGCCUCAAGAGGGCAUUAGGAUCUCCGGCCACGUCAGUUGGGUUGGCAACUCUUCGCUGGAAGUUGUGGUGUGGUUGGAACUACGAAUGCACGGAACCUGGAAUCCUGUCACUAGGGCUUUGUUUUUACUGGCGGCCAGGGAUUCUUAUAACAGUAAAUCGGCAGUGGUGAACGCUGUUCAACCGGCGAAUGACAGGGAAAUACAGAUUCUGUUUGGAGGUGAAGAUAGGAAACAGAGGUGGGUCAAGUUACAGCAAAAGCAUGUAUUGAAGGUAAUCCCGGACAGUGAAGAACAGAAGAUCAUCCAUGACAUCUUCUUGAGGACAGUUAACAAUGAAAUCAGUCAACGAAACAAGGUUCUUCCUCCGGGUUGCGUAUGGAUGAACUCUGCGUCGAUCUCAAAUGUAGUAUUCUCCCAUCCCGAAGAACGUAAUAUGCAUAAUACCGUGUUUGGAGGAUUCAUCAUGGCUCAAGCUGAGGAAUUGAGUUGGGUUUUGGGCUACAUGUUCAGCAAAUAUCGUCCCUGUCUCAAGAGUAUCAGCGACAUCCAGUUUCAACGGCCCAUCGCUGUCAGUUCUCUAAUUCAAAUGCAUACCCAAGUUGUCUACACGCAGAUAAACUACAUCCAGAUAUUGGUGCAGGUGGAGACUUAUAAUCCCAUCACGGGAAAGAACGAUUCCACCAACACCUUCCAUUUCACGUAUCAGGUCCCGGAAAUGGUCAACGAGGUCUUCCCGAUGACCUACCAUGAAGCAAUGAUGUACAUCCACGGCAGGAGAUAUUUUCAGGACGUCAUGAAGAAAUCCCCCGGUAUUUUUUCUAACAAAUUGUGAUCUUAGGAAUAUUUUUUCAAGUAUUAAGCCAUUUUAUGUUGUUUUUAGAUUGAAUGGGAACCAUUGUUACUGAGCUACAAGUAUUUUAAGCACAACUACCUCUCUGCCUUCCAUUAGCUGUUUGAUUUUAUCUGUUGAGGUCCCACAAUUAUAUUUUUUUGUAAUUUUUAUGUUCAAAGGUGAAUUAGUGAUUAUAUGUUGUUAUAAUUUACAAUUUAGUGAGGUCAUUGUAUGUGUGUAUCAGCUCUGGAGUUUAAAAUUUGUAGAUAAAAUAAAUAAAUAAUUUCAAAACUA